GCUUCGUCGACGGCAGCGGGCUUUUCGCGUUGCGGCGUCGUCUGCGGCGAAAGGUAGCUGACACGUGCGUCGUCGUGUGGGUGCUUACACUUUCGCUUCCCGACGCAUCACUCACCGCGCGUUGAGAAGCCGGCGCCGACACUGGGACGCCGCCCACACCAUCUCCGUUGCACGUGCCAACACGCGCGCGGCGCGUGCGUUCAGAAGAGCCCGUCGCGUCAAUGAGGCGGCGGAUGGUUGUGAGUUCGACUCCCGAUCGGCGCUGCGGCGCGCGCACGUCCUGUCACGUUGAGAUUGGCGACGAGAGUAUGGCUGUGUGCGUCCCGUGACGAGCUUUGUGUGACGUCGUCUGCGCUGCAGACAACAGCAACUGUUUUUCCUCGACGGACGGAGCGGUGUGGGCGGUGGUGCCGUUAUCAGUCGGCCAUCGGAUAAAUAUCGGAGCCGAAGACGUAGAAGAAAAAGUAACCGCAGGAUGAAGGUUGUCGCCGUCAUCGUGUGCUUGGCCGCCUGCGUCUACGAGGCUGCGGGUUUCGCGAAUCCACAGGCGGCCCCUUCCGAGAGCCUGCCCGUACCGGAGGGAGAGGACGACCCCGAGUUCUGGCGACUCACGGGCCAGAACAGCAUCUCCCGGCUCCUGUCGGCACCUGUGGUCGACGCGCCCGCCAAGAACGUGAUCGUGUUCGUCGGCGACGGCAUGGGCAUCUCGACGGUGACCGCGUCGCGCAUCUACCGCACCCAGAAGGACAGCGACCUGCCGGGAGAGGAGGGGAGCCUCUCCUUCGAACGCUUUCCUUACACGGCGCUUCUCAAGACGUACGCAGUGGACCGGCAGGUGACGGACAGCGCGGCGUCUGCGACGGCGUUGUUCUGUGGCGCCAAGACCAAGAUGGCCAUGCUUGGCCUGUCGGCAAGGGCCAACGUGUCCGAGUGUGACUCCGCUGCCGGCAAUGAACUGCACUCAUUUAUCAAGAAAGCCCAGGACAGAGGCAUGUCGACGGGCCUGGUGACCACCACGCGGGUCACGCACGCCACGCCCGCGGCCCUGUACGCGCAUUCGGCGCACCGCGACUGGGAGAUGGACACCAAGAUGCCCAAGCGCACGCGCUGCAAGGACAUCGCCCGGCAGCUCGUGGAAGACGAGCCCGGGAGGAGCAUGAAUGUUAUUCUGGGCGGUGGCCUAGCGUACUUCAAGGACAAGCAGCGUGGCGGUGGCAAGCGCAGCGAUGGUCUCGAUCUGGUCGACCUGUGGAAAAAGGACAAGAAGAACCGGAAGUUUGUCGGGUCUCGUGAGGAACUGCUGGCCAUCGACACCAACAAGACCGAUUACCUUCUCGGCCUCUUUUCUGGGGACCACAUGUCGUACGAACUCUACCGCCAGGAGAAGCAGCCCUCCCUGGUCGACAUGGUCGUCACCGCGAUUGAAAUACUGCGCAAGCGCGGAGACGGUUUCGCGCUCAUGGUCGAAGGCGGCCGCAUCGACCACGGCCACCACGAGAACCGGGCGGCGCUGGCGCUGCGCGAGACGGCCGAGCUGAGCGACGCGGUGGCCGCCGCCCUCGAGCUGGUGGACCUGCGCGACACCCUGGUGCUGGUCACCGCCGACCACUCGCACUCGUUCACGCUCAACGGGUACGCGGCGAGGGGAAACCCCAUCCUGGGCGUCGCCGGACUCUCCGAGAAGGACGGCCUGCCCUACACUACGCUCUCGUACGCCAACGGGCCCUCGACGACCAAGAGGAAGGCCGACGCCAUCACCGAGGCCGUUGACUACCAGCAGGUGAGCGCCGUUCCCUUGCGGCUGGAGACGCACGCGGGCGAAGACGUGGCGCUGUACGCCGCUGGCCCCAUGGCGCACGUGGUGCACGGAGUCCUGGAGCAGCACGCGGUGGCCCACCUGGUGGACUACGCCACCUGCUUCGGGGACGGCGUCCGGCUUCGGUCGCGGUGUCUGGAGCAGGGGGCCUCUGCGGCAGCAGAGGCAUCUUCGUCGGCACGCGUGGUCGCCAUGCUUGUGUUAUUGCCGGCGACCUUGGCCGUCCUUCGGUAGAAAGCUUGCGGACACUGCGUUGCAGUUCUACGAAAAAAGAAACGCCGGAAGGACGCAAGGAGGAAGGACAGCAUGCAUGUCGAGGCAGGCCUCGGAACCAUUCACAUAAGCUCGCCACACGUAAAAUGAGAAGCAGCUGCUGCACGCUGCACGUGGAUGCAGUUAUCUUGUUUUUGCUUCAGGGGCACCUAAAGCAAAAGUCAGGGACGCCCGUCCAAGACGACGGGGUCCUUGAAAGACUGGAUUCAGACAUGGAGUAGAUGACGUUAAAUAAACAAUUAGCUGAUUACGGAGCUCCUCAUGCGAGGCUUCCUCAGCGAGCCGUAUUAGGCUUUGUUCUCGUACCCCGCUUCCGAAAAUGAGCUUUGUUGAGCCGCCUGUAAAUAUGUUUUUCAUCCUUAAAACAAUUUGGCUUGUCUGGCGAAAAAAAAAGAAAGCAAGAAAGCCAUCCUAAUGCUUGACCCAACGAAAGGAAAGUUCGUUCAUUACUUCGCUUUGUCCGUGUCGUACUGUAAUAUAUUGCCUUUUUUAUGUAUUAAAAGAAAUCGCUUCUUUUGAA